AUGAACGGGAAAAAUUCUAAUGUUCCAAUUAGAAUCUUAUCGAGCGACAAGGUUGUUGGGAAUAUUCAAAAUACCUGGCAAUGGAGUAAAGGCCAAAAUCGACCCACUUUGGUUGAUAAUAGCAAAAAUCAAAAUUUAGAAAGUGGAAACAGUGUAGUUACAGGAAAGGAACUGGAAGUUGGUAAGGAACCAGGUGCACCCCUUCAAAUUUCAAAUAAAUAUGCAGCUUUAGAGAAUAGUGAUGGAGAGAAUAAUCAACUGGAUAAGGUGCCACAUGAAAUUGUUGUAGCUGAAGCAGGUCACACUACUAACUCAAGUAAUGUGGAUAAGAAUUUAAAUGCAAAUGCCCCUAUGUUUAAGCCAAGAAAUACCACUGGUUCUCCUGCUAAGGAGAAGAGCACUAAAGAGUGGGUGACUUCUGCCUUUUCCAAAGAGAAUGGGGGUCAAUUGGUUACUACUAACCAGUCUUGCCAAGAAAUCCCAUCUCAAACGUAUGAGACGACCACAAAGGAAGGAUACAGGGAAAUAGAAGAAAGUGAAAUACAUGAUUGCAAUGUUGAUGAACAUGGCGAUGAUCGGAAUCAAAUAAAUAGUCAAGUUCAAGGUGUGAAUCCGAUAGUGCAGCAAGGUGAUAUAACCGUUAGUACGAAUGCGUCUGGGCAUAAGAAUGAGAAAGAAGUAGAGAUGACUACUUUUAAUAACGUUGCUGAAGUGCGACCAGAUGCGCCAGAUUGUGAGGAUCCUCAGUUUGCGAAGCGAGAUUCUAAAAAUUCAAAUAAGAAGGGGAAGAGGAAAAAUAGCAAUAACAACAACCAGGAGCAGUCAGGGGCACAACAGAAUCGACAAAACAAUACCAAAGAAUCUCAGGGAUAG